UGUUAUCACAUACUCACACAGAGACACACACCGUGGCUACAGAGGGGAGUUGCGCGGCAGUCCAACAACUGUCCAAGUGUGCGAGGUAGGAGACUUCUCCAAUGGUAUUUCUCUGGACACUUUUGGAGACCAGGGAUGCCUGUGCGGAUGGAUCCCCUCGGCAAGUCACCUUUAUUCUGAGUAAAAGUGGGUUGAAGAGGAGAAAACUUACAACUUCAAUGUUGCAAGUCGCCUGAAGACUUACCUGGUGUUUCUUCCCCGUAAGAUCUCCUGGAUUUAUUUUCACUUUUACGCGCAGAAUGGAAUACAAAAGGGGACUCGGAAGUUGGUUGUUUAUGUUGUUGUCUUACUCAUUCAUAUCGAAGUAUUGUGCAGAAGACAGUCGCAAUAUCACCGUAGCAGUGAUUCUACCCAACAGUAUGGGAUACUCGUGGGCACUACCAAAGGUUGUCCCGGCCAUUCGGAUGGCACAGGAGAACCUGGAGAAAUAUGGACUUCUUAAAGGACAUCACAUUAAUCUCUUGAACUUUAGCACGGAGGACCAGAAUGGUGGCUGCUCGGAGAAUACAGCGCAGAUAAUUGCUGUGGAUACUAAACUUUACCAUCAGCCCGACGCGUUCUUUGGACCUGGCUGCGUGUACUCCGUAGCGUUUGUGGGAAGGUUCGCAUCCCACUGGAAACUCCCACUGAUAACUGCAGGAGGAGUAGCAUAUGGUUUUGAUGAUGGAGAAGAGUACAAAACCAUUGUUCGAAUGGGACCAACGACCACAAAAAUCGGAGAAUUUGCCCUUUCUCUCCACUUCCAGUUCAAUUGGACCACUCGAGCUAGUUUUAUUUACUACGAUGUAAAGCACGAUGACAGGCCCCAUUAUUUCCAAAUCGAGGGCAUUUACCUAAACCUACGCAAUGAGAACCUAACAGCUGAGUCGAUGUUAUACCAAGACCCAGGGAACUUCGAUUACAAAGACAUCAUUAAAUUUAUGAAAGAAAAGGCCAGAAUUGUGUACAUCUGUGGUCCGCUGGAUACCUUCCUGCUGAUCAUGAAGAUGUUCCAGGAGGAGGAGGCUCACCCGGAGGACUAUGCCAUCUUCUACCUGGACGUGUUCGCCUCCAGCCUGGACAACGAGGCCAAGAUCCCCUGGAGCAACGCCUCCACAGACUUCUACGACCCCAUCAGCGUCUUCAAGUCCGUAUUCAUCCUGACGUACAAGGAGCCAGAUAAUGCGGAAUACGUCCAGUUCCAGAAGGAAUUCCACAAGCGGGCCAAGCAAGAGUUCAACGUACAGCUAAAGCCCUCUUUGGAAGACUUUAUCGCUGGAUGUUUUUACGACGGCUUUGUGUUGUAUGCCAAGGCGCUGGAUGAGGUGCUGGCAGAGGGAGGGGCCCAAAACGACGGCCUGAGAAUCAUCGAGAAGAUGCAAAACCGACAGCUCUGGGGGGUGACAGGCCUGGUGAGCACAGAUGAGCGACACGACAGGAACACUGACUUCACCCUGUGGGCCAUGACCAACCAUCAAACUGGACAGUACGGGAUAGUAGCCAACUACAAUGGCUCCAAUAAGGAGGUAAUGUGGUCGGCUACAGAGAGGAUCCAGUGGCCGAAGGGGAGGCCUCCUGAUGACAACCCCCCCUGCGUCUUCACCCACUGCGAAGACAACCAGCUGCCGGUUCUGGGAAUCGUGGCUGUGGGUUCGGGUCUGGCACUCAUCAUCUUCGGAAUAUCCAGCUUUCUCAUUUACAGGAAGCUGAAGCUUGAGAAGGAGCUGGCGGGGAUGCUGUGGAGGAUCCGAUGGGAAGAUCUGCAGUUCGAGAGUCCCAACAAAUACCACAAGCGCGCCGGGAGCCGCCUCACACUCUCUCAGAGAGGCUCCAGCUAUGGCUCCCUGAUAACCGCACACGGAAAAUAUCAGCUAUUUGCAAAAACCGGCUAUUUUAAGGGGAACCUGGUGGCCAUCAAGCACGUGAACAAGAAGAGGAUUGAUCUGACCAGACAAGUGCUGUUCGAAUUAAAACAUAUGCGAGACGUCCAGUUCAAUCACCUUACCAGGUUCAUCGGCGCCUGUAUCGACCCCCCAAACAUCUGCAUUGUAACUGAGUACUGUCCUCGAGGAAGCCUCCAGGACAUCCUAGAGAAUGAAAGCAUAAACCUGGACUGGAUGUUUCGAUACUCUCUCAUCAAUGACAUUGUGAAGGGAAUGAACUUUCUGCACAAUAGCUACAUCGGGUGCCAUGGCAACCUCAAGUCCUCCAACUGUGUGGUGGACAGCCGCUUUGUGCUGAAGAUCACCGAUUAUGGGCUGGCCAGCUUCCGCUCCUCCUGCGAGAACGAGGACUCACACGCGCUGUACGCAAAGAAGGUGUGGACGGCUCCGGAGCUGCUGAUGUAUGAUCGGCACCCUCCGCAGGGCACCCAGAAGGGGGACGUCUACAGCUUUGGCAUCAUCCUGCAGGAGAUAGCACUCAGGAACGGACCCUUCUUCGUGGAGGGCAUGGACCUCAGCCCCAAAGAGAUCGUGCAGAAGGUGCGUAACGGGCUCAGGCCGUACUUCCGGCCGAGUACGGACAACUCGCGGCACUGCGAGGAGCUGACCAUCCUGAUGGAGGGCUGCUGGGCAGAGGACCCUGCAGAGAGACCCGACUUCAGCCACAUCAAGAUCUUCAUGAUGAAGCUCAACAAAGAGGGGAGCACGAGUAUCCUGAACAACCUGCUGUCCAGAAUGGAGCAGUACGCCAACAACCUGGAAAACCUGGUGGAGGAGCGGACACAGGCCUAUCUGGAGGAGAAACGGAAAGCGGAGAACCUCCUCUAUCAAAUCCUGCCACAUUCUGUGGCGGAGCAGCUGAAGAGGGGGGAGACGGUGCAGGCCGAGGCCUUUGACAGCGUCACCAUCUACUUCAGUGACAUCGUGGGCUUCACCUCCAUGUCAGCGGAGAGCACGCCGCUGCAGGUUGUGACAUUGCUGAAUGACCUGUACACGUGUUUCGAUGCCAUCAUUGAUAACUUUGAUGUUUACAAGGUGGAGACGAUCGGUGACGCGUACAUGGUGGUGUCAGGGCUGCCGGUGCGCAACGGCAAGCUGCAUGCGCGCGAGGUGGCCAGCAUGUCGUUGGCGCUGCUGGAACAGGUCAGGACCUUCAAGAUACGCCACCGGCCCAACGACCAGCUGCGGCUACGGAUAGGCAUCCACACAGGUCCUGUGUGUGCUGGCGUGGUGGGUCUGAAGAUGCCGAGGUAUUGUUUAUUUGGAGACACUGUCAACACGGCGUCUCGGAUGGAGUCGACAGGAGAAGCCCUAAGAAUCCACAUGUCUUCGGCCACCAAAGAGGUGCUGGAUGAGUUUGGCUAUUUCGAUCUACAGCUAAGAGGAGACGUGGAGAUGAAAGGCAAAGGCAAGAUGAGAACCUAUUGGUUGCUGGGGGAAAAGACAGAUGUCUAUGUUAUCUGACACGCUUUGCUGAUGAGCAGGAAAGAAAAAACAAAACACAAUCGGCUGUCUGCCGUGGACCAGGAGCCAGCAGCUUUCAAUGCAAACUCCCCCACACUAUUACCCCACCCCCCAACCCCCC